AUGGAAAAAAGUUUUUUUCCUAAUCGUGCUCUUUUCUGGUCAUUUUUGGCCAAUGUCAUAUAUCUUAUUGGUAUGAUUGGUUAUUUUUUAAUGGAUGUAUUUGAUUAUGUACAUCCAAAUGCCAUUAAUUUAUCUUUAUCUUCAUGUAUCUAUGUUGUUCUUGCUGGUAUAUUCGUAAUUGACGCUAACUUACAGACAUUAUCAGUUUACAAUACUAGUAGAAAUGCUUAUCGAUACUAUGCUAUGGUUCUAUCUUCUAUAUUUGAUCAAGUCGGAAGUCAGGCUUAUUUUAUUGGUGCAUUAUUUAUGGCAACAGCUUUAACAAAUUCAAAUACAAUCACUAUAUGCAAUGAAGUCGGCGUUUCGGCUUUUGUAGCGGCUGCUGCAAUCAAUAUGCUAGUUCCGGGAUCGCAUAUUUUACAUUUGUGGGCCAAUAGUCUGAACUUGUUAGGGUCACUAUGUUAUGUCUUAGCAAUAAUUAUAACUAAUGUGGCAUUAGCACGAACUAUUGUUAUUGUUGGUGAUUGCAUUUACGUUAUUGAUGCAAUUUUAUACAUGAUAUAUUGGUUUAUCAAUCGACGAAUGACUACGUUCGAAGAAGAACAAGUUCUACCAGUGUCGAAAUAG